AUGGCCGCGGAGGACAUCAGGUACUGUUGCUAUGAUGAGCACCGGGAGGCGGUUUCGUUUGACGAGAUAGCUCUGUAUUCUGGAUGGUUGACCACCAGCUCGACCUUUGUUGUACGCUAUCUUCCGGAGCGCGUCAUGGGUCAGUUUGGAUAUGAGCAGACGAUACCUCGCGAUCCAACGGUCUCAUCUCCUCUCGCCAUGAAUCGCAGACAGUUAGAUGAGGUCUUUGCAGACUGGGAGCAUCACAUGGUCCAUGAGGAGGCACGGGCGACGCUAGCAGAGCACGACUGGAGUUGUGUCGAGGGGUACAUCACACGAUACUAUAAAGUCUCACAUCCAUACAUGCUUCCAGCUGUAGAGAGAGGUCCUCCCAGACCAACCCACGAGGAGAUUCUCCGUGCGCAUUAG